AGUUGACCCGCAUUGCUGCCAAUUCCAAGUCAGCUGGUGACUCUGAUCCUUCCUUUUAGUCACAUUCUGAGAUUCUUGAUAAAUCUGGUCAACAUGACUCUUCUCAAAAGUUGACCCGGAUUCCUGCCAAUUCCAAGUCAGCUGGUGACUCUGAUCCUUCCUUCCAGUCACGUUCUGAGAUUCUUGAUAAGUCUGGUCAACAGAUUGUGACACAGCUCCAAAAUGAAAAUGAGAUUUCUGUUCCAAGACUGAGACGGACUAAAAGUAUAAUAAUGAAAGAGACAGAUGCUCAAAAUUCUGAUGAGCUCUUUGAUUCUACACCAGAGAGUUCUGAUAAUUACAUUCCAGAUACCACUUCUGAAAGUGAUAGUGAUGCUAGCCUUACACUUAACCCAACAAAACAUCAGCUUCUUAAUGAUGAACUGGAUGUUUGUGAGUCUGACUCUGAGAGUUCCCCUGAUUGUGGCACAGCAACGUCAGACAAAACACACACCUUUACAUCUGAGGGACCUGGAACAAGAGAAGAACCCAGUUCAAGUCAGAACGAGAUCGAUGGAAUAGUUGUCAGUGCAUACCAAAAAAGAGAUGGUAAAAGAGUGUACAACAAGAGACAUUAUUGCUUGUAUUGCUCCAAAUCUUAUGCUAAGAUGGCAAGACAUCUAGAAAGUUCACAUGCAGAUACUACUGAUGUGGCUAGAGCUCUAAGUUUUCCUAAGGGUUCAAAGGAGAGAAAGAAACAGUUGGAUUAUAUUCGCAACAAAGGAAACUAUGCUCACAAUGCAGCCGUUAUGAAAUCAGGGAAAGGAGAACUGGUGCCAUUUAAGCGGCCAUGUAAAAAAGUGCAGGGAGAAGAGUUCAUGCAUUGUGCAUACUGUCAAGGACUUUUUACAAGAAAGGUCCUGUGGCGACAUAUGCGUACUUGUAAACUUAAACCUAAGUCAGUCCCCCCAAAACCCGGAAAAAACCGGGUUCAGUCCAUGUGUACAUACACAGGGCCUGUGCCUUCAGACAUGACCAAACAGCUGUGGGGAGUAAUCAGUGCCAUGAAUCCUGACCCAAUCACAGAUAUAAUAAAAAAUGACAAAGUAAUAACUGAUCUAGGGCAGCACUUGUUAAACAAAGGUGGGCUUUCGGCCAAGAAUAAACAGUGUGUGCGGGAGAAGAUGCGAGAAUUGGGAAGGUUAGUUCACAAUGCUAGGAGAGUCACCUCCUUAAAAACACUGGAAGAUUGUGUAAACCCAUUUAAGUACAUGGAGACUGUCAAAGCUGUCAAGUAUACAUGUGGGUAUGACAGUGAAACUGACAAGUUCAUGAUUCCAUCACUUGCAAACAAGCUUGGGAAUUCCCUGGUUAAAGUAAGCAAACUCUUGAAAGCUCGGGGCUUAAUCUCAAAUGACCAAAGGCUUGUGAAGUAUGCCAGUAAUUUUCAAGAGGUCCAUGCAAAUAAGUGGAAUGAGCUGAUCUCAUCUACAGCAUUGAGGAAUAUCAGGGAAGCAAAGUGGAAUGUGCCCACUCUUAUGCCCUUUACUGAAGAUGUCCAAAAAAUGCAUGCAUUUCUCAAUGAAGCUCAUGACGAGGGUUUCAAAUUACUCUCUGAAAGUCCUUCUACUACAGCUUGGAUGGAGCUGACAAAGGUAUGUUUGUCUCAGAUUAUUCUUUUUAAUCGACGCAGGGAAGGAGAAGUGGCGAGCAUGCCUUUAUCUGUAUUUUUAUCAAGAGACACUUCUGAACCACAUGAGGAUGUGGAUUGGGCACUCUCUGAAGUGGAAAAAAAACUCUGCAGACACUUCACAAGGGUUAUCACCAGGGGAAAACGUGGUCGACCAGUUCCAUUUCUUCUGACUCCAAAAAUGCUGAGCGCCUUGGAACUCCUUGUUGAGCAAAGAGAGAUUUGUGGGGUUUUAAAAGACAAUACCUAUAUGUUUGCAAGACCAGGCGCCAUGACACAUUUUCGAGGGUCAGACUGUCUCCGUGACUUUGCAAAGGCUUGUGGUGCAAAGUGUCCCAAGGCACUGACAUCUACCAGACUGCGAAAGCAUGCCGCAACCCUUUCAACGGUGCUGAAUAUGACAGACACUGAGAUGGACCAGCUGGCAAACUUUCUUGGACAUGACAUAAGAAUCCAUCGUGAAUUCUAUCGACUCCCUGAAAAGACCCUGCAACUUGCCAAGAUCAGCAAAGUUCUAAUGGCUCUUGAACAAGGAAGAUUAGCUGAGUUUCAUGGCAAGAACUUGGAUGAAAUUGGGAUAGAUCCUGAUGAAAAAGUUCUGGAAAGUGAUGAGGAAGAUGAGACCAUACAGGACGAACACUGUUCAUCUACCUUUGUUGAACCAACACAAGAAGAGAUUAUACAUCCUGCAGAAAUUAAUGAAAUGCCGCCACCACCACCCAAGAGACGAAGACCACCAUCACCAGAUGAAGAGAUGCCUGCAGGAGCCAGUGGUGUGAGGCCUUCUUCCAAAGGUAAAACUAACAACAAGAAAAAUCCCUGGCAGAAGGCAGAGGUGGAGGCAGUGGAAAGGCACAUGAUGCGGUUCAUCACAUCUUGUACCGUACCAUCGAAGAGUCACUGUGAGAAGUGUUUGAAGGCUGAACCAGAAGCACUAAAGAAACGUGACUGGAAGAACGUGAAAUUCUUUAUAUAUAACCGCAUUACUGCCUAUAAAAGAAGUUUGCAUUGCAAAUAAGUUUGAAGGUUACCAACUCUCUGGUAUGGCAGUUUUUGUUUUUUGCCAUUUUCUUGUUUUUGCACUUUGGAGGUAAGUUGUUUUAUAAAUACCUACACCGGAGUUUUGCACUCUUUGUUGUCGAUUUCUAAAUUUGUGUUUUUUAUUCUUUUAUUUAUUUUAUUUUUUCUUAUGAAGAAAAUUUGUUUUGGGGGUUCAUUUUACCUCAUAU